AUGUCGGUGUCUCGCACUGUUCAGCAGGUUUCUAAGCGCGGUCUCGCAGCUACAACCAAAGUUGCCCAAGUCGAUGCGAAAACGGACUCGUUUGCCUUUGGCAUCAUGCAGGGACGAGUUAACCCCCAGCAUAUGUUCCCCUACCCAGACGUACUUCCCGAAGAAAACAAAGAAAACCUCACCGCCAUGGUCGACGCCUUCUCCAGCUUUUUCGAAAACGAAAACGACCCCCUUCACAACGACCAAAUCGCUACGGUUCCCGACGAAAUCAUGCAAGGCGCCGCGGAAAUGGGUGCAUUUGGUCUCCAAGUUCCCGAGGAAUUGGAGGGUCUCGGACUUAACAAUACAGAAUACGCCAGAUUAACUGAAAUCGUUGGAGAGAAUGAUUUGGGCUUUGGAAUUGUUAUGGGCGCUCAUCAGUCUAUCGGUUUCAAGGCAAUUCUUAUUUGUGGAAACGAAGAGCAAAAGGCCAAAUAUUUACCUGACGUCGCCACUGGUCGAAAAUACGCUGCCUUCGCCCUGACUGAACCCGGUUCUGGAUCCGACGCUGCCUCAAUUCAAACUCGAGCUACUCCCUCUGAAGACGGAAAGACGUACUACCUCAACGGCGGAAAAGUGUGGAUCUCGAACGGUGGCUUCGCCGAAAUCUUCACUGUCUUUUGCAAAGUUCCAGAAGUGCAAGAAGAUGGAACAACUAAGGAUAAGAUGGCUGCCUUCAUCGUUGAGCGAGCCUUUGGCGGCGUUACCAACGGUCCUCCAGAGAAGAAGAUGGGCAUCAAAUGCUCCAAUACGGCCGAAGUUUACUUCGAUAACACCCCAAUUCCAGCAGAGAAUCUUAUUCGAAAUGUUGGCGACGGAUUCAAGGUUGCGAUGGAAGUUUUGAACAACGGUCGAUUCGGUAUGAGCUCUUGCCUAGCUGGCACUAUGCGAAAACUAACCAAGCGUGCUGCUGAAUUCGCUUACAACAGAAAGCAAUUCAAUGACAAGAUUUACAACUAUGGCGCGAUUCAGGAGAAACUCGCUCGAAUGGCCGCUGAGCAGUAUGCGGUCGAGUCCGUUGCAUAUCUUAUCUCACAAGCCAUGGAUUCCAAAGCCGAAAACUAUCACCUCGAAGCCGCUAUUGGCAAAAUCUUUGGUUCCGAAAAAGCGUGGCAAGCCGCUGAUGAAUGCAUCCAGACCAUGGGUGGAAUGGGAUUCAUGUACGAACAGGGUGUCGAAAAGAUCAUGCGAGAUCUGAGAAUCUUCCGUAUCUUCGAGGGCACCAACGACAUUCUCAGACUGAUGAUUGCUCUCCAGGGUAUGCAGGUGCAGGGCAAAUUGCUCAAAGCGGACAAAUCGAUGGCGGUCAAAGCGAUGAUUGCGGGCAAGACUGGAUUCUCUGUCGCCGGAUCAGCCGGUGGAAAGUUGGCAUCGCUCUCCUGCAGCCAGCUCUCAUCCGAGGCAAAAGCCAUUGAAGAGUGCAUUAACGCCUUCCACGUCGCCUCGACAAACCUCCUCGUCGAGCACCAGAAAAAAAUCAUGUCCCGCCAGUUCGAGCUCAAACACGUUGCCGACUGCAUGAUCAACAUUUACUCCGCCUCCGCUGUCCUUUCUAGAGCCACCGCCGCUGUCAACCUCGGAAAACCAAAUGCUGACCACGAAAUCGACCUCGCGCGAAUUUACAUCAACGAAGCUACCCUCCGAGUGAAGAGAAGUAUCGAAGAUAUUAACAACGGCGAGCUUCAUUCCGCCAUGGCCAAGGUUGGUGUUCAAAUUGCCGAGGCUGAAGGCUCGCAUGGGCACCCUCACGAUGGUUACGGCUCUGACGAGUCUGGAGAGUACGAUCGUCUGGGCUUCGAUCCGCCGCCAGGACAGAACGACGGAGGAAUGGGAUCAAUCAGCAGGCUACCCCCGCAUCAGAGAUUUUUCCAAGAAGAAUUUGGACCAGGACCUCAAAGAGGGCACCCGCAACAUGGAGGACCGCAGUAUCCCCAUCAUCAAAUGCCUCCAGGACCGAGGGGUCCCCGCCAACCUCAUCAAAUACCUCCGCAAAAUCACAUGCACCAGCGGCCGCAGCAUCCUGGCGUGCAUCAAUCGAUAAGAGAGCUGGAGUACCAAAUCGUCAAAUUUGAAAGAAAUGGGUACCCUGAGAUGGAAGGCGGCGGUGGUGGGCACCACCAUCGUCAUUCGACUUACAACGAAGAGCAGCAGUAUGUUGAGACACUGCGGCGCAAGUUGGACCAGCUGCUCAUGGUCGCCGAGCAAAUGGACCAAACAGCAAGCGGGGCGACGGAAGCUUGGGAGAGUUAUCAAAUGAUGAAGCAGUAUCGGAACCCGCAGCUUAGCCGGAGUCAGUCGAUGCGUUCUCUGAAUCACCAACCCAUGAUGAACCACGGACCUCCUCCUGGACCGGGUCCUGGUCCAAUGAGAGGCCCCGGUCCACGAGGGCCUGGAUACGGACCACCCCCAUCGCAUUUCCAGAAUGGCGGUCCUCCCCCGAAUUAUCAACACCAAGGCCCACCAGCUCGUAUGGGUGGCCCACCGCCCAACCGUCUACCUCAUCAACGUCCACCUCCGCAACACGGUCCACCGCAGCAGGCGUAUGCAAAUGUGAUGUUUGACAAUAACCGCGGCUGGAAUGUCCCUAAUUUCGAUGCCGCUCCUGGGCCCGUUUCUCGGCGAGAUCCUCGCUGGGAGCCGAAGAAACGCGCUGAAAAUAAACGUCCGCCAAAUCAACUUGACAUCGGGCGACAACAGCGAGGGGGAAUCAUUCCGCCAGAAGAGCUUCAACACCGAGUCGAGCAGCAUCAAGCCGAAAAGACUCGCAAUCAAAUGAUGCAGCAAAGAAUACAGCAGUAUGAGCAUCAAGCUCUUCUUUUCCGACAGCAGCAGUUAAAAGCGGAAUCGCCACUUCAAAGCAUUGGCCGCCCAGGGCAACCAAACCAGCAGCAACUUGGACCGCUCCACGAACCCUCAGACAACGGUCCAAUGGGACCGAUUCGAAUGCCAUUCCCUCAUCUUCUUCAUCCUCAUCUUAUGCAGCAACAAGUUCAUCCACACAUGCACCACCAACACCUCCACCAUGGCGGGAUUCCCGCUCACAUGCGUCAUCAGUUUUUCGAUGAUCAUCGACUUGGUACACUUUCAGAGCCUGGCAACAACUUUGCGGAUCUUUCAGAUGUAAAAUCAGAAGCUGGAAAUCAAUCUCUUGCUCAAAAGAACUCCGCAUUUGCCAGAGCAAAGGCCUUAUCGCUCAGUACUCCAGACUUGUCAGGAAACGCCAUUUUCCGCCCGAUCUCGCCUGAUUUAGAAGACCCGACGCUGAUACAUCGCGAGCGCGCUGAAAAGCUUGCAAAAUUGCAGCAACUGGCGGCCAAAAAAACGAACAGAGAGCAUCAAGAGACGGCGACUUCCUCCGCCAAAGUGCAGAAGCCAACGCCGAUCAAGCCCGAGCCAGCUAAAGCAAGCGUUUCGAAGAAACCUGAACGGAAAUUGCAGCGGAAAGUGUCGAUUGAUUCGGACUCAUCUCUUGACUUGCCGAUGAACCAGAAAAUCCUCCCCCGGGCAUCGGCCGUCCUCGCUCCCAAAACGGCUCCAGCCAAACCGACGCUGUCUACUGCUGCAGCGGCGGCCACGCCUUCACCUGCUCCAGAGGAUGAUGGUGGAUCGGUCUUUCUCAAGAGCUUGUCAGCUUUACGGGAUAACUGUUUGAGUCCAGCCGAGGCAGAGGCGAAACAUAAAGACGGAAGACUUUUGGGUGCUCUUGGAAUUUCAGAAAAUCAAAGCUAG